AUGCUCCUUGGUUGCCUCCUGCCCCUGCCCAUUGAGAGGCGAGGCCCAGAAUCCAGGCGGGUGGCGAAAUGUGGGCUGGCAGGGAGCCGAGCAGUGACGGCUCAGCCCUGGCUCACCUUCCCCUCUGCCACAAGCUCUGGGAAGAAGGUUUCUAAUCUAACCCCAAGAAAACUGGUCUCCAUUCUCAUGUGCUCUCUGAGGGACCCUGCCACCCAGCCUGAUCAAGAGGCUUUCUUGCUGCUUUUUGAAGGAGUCAAUCUCAGCACUUUACAGGAUGCUCUGAAUCAGAUGAGCAUGGAGAUCUCCAGAGACCAGAUGUUACCAGCUUUCAAAAGAUUCUUGCUGAAUGCAGCAUGGGAAAAAAUUAAGACAGAUCCUCUGGUAUCAAAUGCUGGCUUCCUCUCCUCUUGGUUCCAAGAGACGAUGCACCCUUACUUGACAGAUGUGAACAUCAACAUCUUAGACUGCAUGACUCAAAUUCCAAUCACCUGCGAUGGCUUCAGAACAAUUGUCCAGGCCUUAGACAGUGUAUACCCUGAUAUGGAUAACAGCACAAGGCAGUUGGUGACCAGCUGGAUUGGAAGAUUCCUUACUGUAUUCCGGUGCCAGAAAAGAUCACCUAAAGAAUGGAUACAAAGCAACUGGAAGAACUUUCAAAACCAUGCCUCCUAUAAUGACUUCACAAAGAUCUGGAGUGGUUUUGAUGGGUUUGCCGCUCUCAAUGUCUUUACCGCUUCCCAGCUGGCCCAACUGGUUGUCACUCAUAAGGUCCUCUCCAAUCUCACCCUAAUGGAACCUGUUGCCAAAGCCCUCAGCAGCCAGGAUGUCAUCUAUAUAGAGGGCUUCCUGGAUGAGUUGUCCAGAUCACCUCUUGACCUCCUGCUUGACCACAAAGCUGCAUCUCUUGCCCUGGAGACCAUUCUGACCAAGAUCAACCACAGCUUCCCUGAUCUUUGCUCGCCCUCCCUGAAAGACCUGUUUCAAAUCAAACUUGUGCGCUUGCUACCCUUUGUUGAUGCCAAGAUAAUGAUGCUGUUUCCAACUCAGAUAGGCUGUGUGGACUUCCAUGAUAUCUACAAAGGUCUAAAUUCUGUUUAUUACGAACUAAAUCCAAUGACUCAGCUUGCUGUCUUUCAAAAUCGUUUGAAUUUCCUUGAAGGGCAGCUUGCAAAAGAAGGAGUUGCAUGUACGUUCACAGCUUCGAACAGUAGAGAUUGGCUGCAUGAAAACUUUGGACAUUCCAGUUACUUGGCUAAUUACAGCAACUUUGUCCACUUGAAUCCAUCUUUCAAUGGAUUUGAAGUGCUGGAUUUGCUAACAUCAACCCAGGUUGGAACCCUGGUAGUCUUGUCUGGCAUUCUGACUGACAGCUUGAGGAUGAAUGCAGAGAUGGAGGCAGCCAAUGUGAUGAACAUUUUCCAAAGUCGAAAUGUAUCUGAGCUCCAGACUUUUCUCCUCAAAAUCAGUGCACUUGCAGAACAGAAUAACUUAGUGGAAAUAACCAACGUGAGAGUCCGCGGCAUCAUGCUAAAGGGAAUUUUUCAAAUCCUAAAGCCACAUUUUGUCUUCAUGAGGAUAACUGAUUUGGAGCUUUGGUUCAGUAGGAUUCUGACAUUGUACCUGCCCUCCAUCACUGUUCAAGAGCUGAAGAUUCUUCCUUCUCCAUCCAACUGCACCCACUUGCAUGUUAUUGUGAAAGGAUUGGAUUAUGUAUUUGACCUAAUGUUGGUGGAGACCAAAACUGAAGUGGCCCAGUGGAUUAAAACAACUCUUCAGAAAAUUGACUGCCAUAAAACAGAAGACUGGUUAUCCCUCACUUUCCAGAGAUUCAGUUCCAUUGUUAACCUCACAGACCUGGUGGCGAUUGAUUCCAACUUCAGUGGGAUAGUUCACCUAAAGGAACUCUCAGUUGCUCAACUCGCUCAGCUCACCAUGACAGAAGAAGUGCUGAGCUCCAUUGACAAGGUGAUGAAAGUCUUUCAAACACUGGGUCAUUUCCCAAGCCUUGAUGCCUUAGCAGCAUAUUGGGAUGAAUUCAACAUUGCCUUUGAAAAGCCCACUUUUGUCAGCAUUCUCAACAUUUCAAUGGAAGUGAAAACGUUCUUGCUUACCAAGACAAUCAAAAGGUUGCAUAAGGAAUUUCCAACUUUCACGGAUCUUGACUAUCAACUUUGGUUUGAGAAGAGGCUUGUGAUGGUGCUGCCAAGUGUAACUGCUGCUAUUCUUCAACAAAUCCCCAUCAGUAUUUCCUGCAAGGCCUUCGAAUCUGUGAUUGCUGGAAUUGACCGCGGCUUUUCUGAAAUUUCACAAAAAGGGAAAACAGAUAUUAUAAACUACAUAGUGUCUUUCUUCACCCAAAAGUCUCAAACAACUGGUCCCAUCUGCUCUGAACAAACCACAACCAGAAAGUGGCUCCUCACAUUCUUUAGGAGAUUCUCUGCGACUGUGCCAUACAUUCAGUUGGUUUCCUACUACCGCCAGACCUUUGAUGUAUACACAGUUUUGGAUCUAUUAACUCCGAAACAAAUUGGGGAUAUGAUAAUCCAUUCUGACACUUUGACCAGCAUCUCUUUGGCAAAACACCUUGUGGUCUUCUUCCAAGAUAGCAGCUUCAGCGAUGUCCAGAUGAUUCUCAAAGAAUUCACCCAAGCUGCUAUUAAGCACAAGUUUGUUGUCCUUCCAAACCUGGAGGUGACCCAGUUGCUUUUGACACAUUUCCUGGAACUGGCAUCUUCUCAUUUGGAGAUGUACACUGCAAUUGAUUGGAACAUCACAUUCCAGCAAGAUCUGCACUUCCUUGCUUAUGCAUUCAAUACCACAACACUUACUUACAUCAUUCCCCGAGACUAUGCAUCCUUCGUGGUUAUUGUGUCAAGAUUUAGCGAUGCACAUGACCAAAUGUCAGAAAUCUCAAAGAGAGCUGUGGUGCUCUGGAUUGUUCACUAUCUCAAGGAAUUUAAAGCAUAUCUCAUGGAGCCCAGUGAUGAAUGGAUCCAUCAGGCAUGGGGCUUGUUCUUCCAUGAUGCCACCUUGGAAGAAGUGAAAUCCACUCAUGAGAAGUUUGAACCUUUUCUGCUCUUACAUUUCCUGAAUGUUCGCCAGCUGAUUGACUUCAUUGCAACAUCAAAUGCAUUGGUCAAUGUGACUACAAUGAGGCAUGUUCUUUCAACCCUAAAGAAUAAACACUCUGAAAUCUCUCUUGCUAAAAUGGAUGAAUUCCUGACAAGGCUCAACUUGGUCAUCGAACAGAAGAACAUUCUGAGACUCAGAAAUGUUGAGGUGAGGCUGGAGCUGCUGAGUACCAUUUUGACAAACCUGGCACGCUAUUUCUACAAAUUUACAGCUUUAGACUACGAAUCCUGGUUCUUGAAUAAACUAACAUUCCUUCUGCCUAGCAUUAAUGUGAAUUUGUUGCAGUUGAUACCACUGGAUGUCAGUUAUUCUGCCUACAGAUCCAUUUUUGGAGGCUUAGACCAGGUCUAUCCUGAGUUAUCUCAAGACACAUCUCUCCAGAUCUACAAUUUGAUGAAGACUAUCAUGAAACUUCAGCUCAAUGUCUCAGGAACAAUAUUUCCUGGCAGUUACAACAGCAGCCAAGUUUUUCUGCAACAAAUGUUUUACAAAUUUGCACAUUUUGCUAGAUACACUGACUUCCUCUUAUUAUAUAAGGAUUUUAAUGGGUUCGAAGUCCUUUCCCUGCUGUCCCCAAAGCAAAUGGGAGAAAUGAUGAUUGUUACUGAUGCCUUCAAAGAUGAAUUCCUGGCUAUACAGAUUUUGGUUGAAUUGGAGAGACGGCUUUCUGCCUCUCUCAUGGAUUUUAUGAUUGAAUUUAAUGCUGCAGCAAAACAGAAGCACCUGAUUGUCCUCCCAGAUCUCCGGGUCCGUGAUUUAAUUUUCAGAAUGGUCUUCAAGACACUCAAGUUUGGCACCUUUACUGCUGAGCAAUACUCUUUUUGGUUUGGAACUCAGCUCCAGCUGUUCCUGACAGCUUUAUCACCCAAGGACCUGCAGCUGAUCCCACUCGAUGUAGACUGCCAAUCACACCAACACUUGGUGAAGGCCAUGGAGAAACCAUACAAUGUUUUAACAGCAGAACAGAAGGAAGCUAUUCAUGGGAGGAUAUUGAACUACCUGAAAAUAUAUCAGGCGAGAGAAGGUACUACUUGCUCUCCAGAUGCCAACAGCACCCAUUGGCUUCUCAGCAACUAUGGCCGAUUUAGUGCCCUUGCGAGCAUUGAAGAGUUCUUGUCAGUGAAUGUUAAUUUUAAUGCGGUUUCAGUCCUGGCAAAACUGUCUUCAAGCCAAUUGGCUGAAUUACUCAUAACUCUGGAAGCCUGGAAUGAUGGAAGCCUUCUAAUGGAGAUCAUGAACCACUUGGACACCAUGGCAGAUCUGGCCAGAUUCCUUGACCAGCUGAAUAAAUUUGCUGCGAUGGAAUUGCAGAGCAGUGACAAUUGUGAUUUGAUUCUUGGCAUCACAUUGCGAAAAUUAGCUGUAAACUUUGCAAAGUUCAAACCCAAGGAUUUCACCUACUGGUUCCAAUCUGCAUUCCAAAAUGUGCUGCAUGCUGUGAACAGAAGCCAGGUGGUCUUCCUCCCACUCAGGAUAUCUUGUGACUCCUACCAACAAAUACUGAAGGGAUUUAACAACAUCUAUUCCAACAUCCCAGCAGAAAAUGCUGCAAACAUUUUUGGAUUCAUCAAAGCAUUUUUGAUGUCAAAAGUCAAAUCAGGCUUGGCCUGUGGACACCCUACCCAGAGCUUUCGGGACUGGCUACAAAUCAACCUUGGGAACUUUAGCCGAAAUGCUGAAUACCAUGACUUGCUGAGCUGGAACCUGUAUUUUGAUGGCAUGGCUGUUUUAGAAUAUUUGUCUCCAUCACAACUUGCAUCAUUCACUCUGGAAUCUGGAGUCAUCAUCAACAAAGAGCACAUGUGCCAGAUCCUUGCAAAAUUGCAGAACAAACCGUUAGCAGAAAAUUAUGAAUAUUUGGAUCAAUUCAACACUGUGGCCCAGAAGCUUGGAAUAACAUCCCUGAAAGAUGAAGGCAUACAAAAACAAAUGCUUUUGCAGUUUCUUCAGGGGGCUGAGGGUACAUUCUCAACAUUUGCUCCAGAAAAUUGGACUCAUUUGCUGUCAACAAGACUGGGGCUCCUUUUGCCAAGCAUCAGUGAAAAGGAAUCUCAAAGGAUCUUGUCUUAUGUUUCAAGUUGUGACAGCUUCAGAGCUGUGGUAUCCUGUGUCAACCAGGUUUAUCCUUUUAUACCACUGGCCAAUCGGAAAGGCAUCUACGAUACUUUAUUUGCUUUCCUCGAUACCCAGCACAAGAUCACAGGAUCUGCAUGUUCUUCUCAUACCAAGAGUACAGAGUCCUGGCUGCAAGACCACCUUGGGCCCUUUGUCAAACAAGCUCCUUAUGAAGAUUUGAUCAAACUGCUGGCCAGCUUCAGUGCGUUGGAGAUCAAGGAUAAUCUCACCUCCAUCCAACUUGCUCACGUCUUUUUUGGCUCUAACAUCCUGGAUAAUCCUGUUAUGGUCCGUGCACUUCUGAUGCCUUUAGAGAACAGGUCUCUGGAAGAGACCAUUGCUUUUGUGUCAGAGUUUGUCCUCAUUGCAUCACAGAAGGGAGUGAUGUUCCUGGAAAACACCGAUGUGAGGUUUUUGAUGCUUGAAGCCUUUUUCUACAAGAUGCAAGAUUUGCUCCUCAGCGCCUCUGUCUCCCAGUACAAAGAUUGGUUCCAGAGUAAGCUGACUCUGUGGCUGCCCAGUAUGAAUACCACCAUCCUUGCAAUGAUCCCCAAAACUGUCCCUUGUGGCUCUUUCAAAGCUAUUUCUCCAGAGUAAUGAAUUUGGGAUGGGCAGCCAUAAACAAAGAAGCAAACAGUAAAAUUUGUAGCAGUGAUGGGCGACAUAGAAAUUUUAUAAAUAAAUAAAACCUUGCCCAAGGAUAAAUAAGUUGUCGAGCCUCGGUUGGGUCUCGCCAUCACUAGGGAGGACGACGAGGAGGGGGCAAGCUGUUGGACUCUCCGGGGGCGUGUCAUCAGCUGUUUGAGAAGUCUUUACCACCCGCACACAAAACGAAGCAAACUCUUUCAUCGGAGAUGGGGGGGGCAUGGUGUUUGCAGAUGACGCUGCCUUGUGCUGUAACAGAGGCGUGCUCCUCCUACAGGCCAGCUUGAGGAAGGAGGGAUGAUGUUGACUGUUUGAUUGUUAAUUGAUUUAUUGUGCUCCUCCUUCAGGCCAGCUAGGGGAAGGAGGGGUGAUGUUAACUGUUUAAUUGCCACUUGAUUUAUUGCUGUGUAUAUAAAAGGCGCUACACUGCGAUUGCGUGUAGCGCUAACUUUAAACCUUGUUUCCGGCUUGUGCCUUUCUCCUGCCUGUGUUUGCUGUGCUGAACCUAAUUAAAGGACUGCAACUGCUUUAUUCCGUUCUGGUGUUGGCUUGUUUCCAGUGCAGUUGGGUGGACUGGCCGAGAUAAGUUUUAUAUCAUGUAA